AUGGCGGCUGCUUCCACACUCUCACUCGCCCUUACGCCCACCUCUUCAGAUCCAUCGCUUCCCUCUUCCCGCCACAGAUCACGACUCUUCCUUUCCCCUCUUAGUCACAAUCCCCAUUUCCUCUUAUCGCAGAGGUCCCGAUUUCGUCUCAGCCCUAAAUCAUCCUGCACCUCCGCCUCCUCGCAGUCUCCUCCCUCCGUUUCCGAAGAAUCCACUAGCAGCAGCGCCUCCGCUGUGUAUUCGAGCCUAGAGGACUGGUUGAAGACAGGGAAUUACAAUUUCCUCAGCAAUGAAGAGCUUCUCAAGCUCCAGAGCCUUCAGGACUUCCGGUAUCGUCGGGAACUGGGAAUCGGGUCGCUUUGCAUUCGGGUAAUGAGGCCGGACGAGACCGAUGUCACUGUCAAGUUGCUCUCCGAGUCCUUUGUGGAGUCCAUGAAGCUGCCAGAUUGGUACUUGCCUUUGGUGAGUUACUUGGUGAAGCAGUACUUGCUUGAGAGGCGAGCCGCUAUUCCCCAUGCCGUUACACUUCUAGGGUUCGUUAAAUGGAAAGAUGGCGGCGGCGGGGGCGGAGAGGAAGAAGCGGCGGAGGCAGAGGAGGAGGAGGAAGAUGAAGGGGAGUUAGCUGGGACAGUGGAAAUUUGUUUCAAUAAGAGAGGGGCAAAUGAUUCUCCUCCCACGCCAACACCGCCGAAGGAUUCUCCCUAUAUCUGCAAUAUGACUGUGAACAAGCCACUUCGUAGGAGGGGAAUCGGUUGGAAUCUUUUGAAAGCAAGUGAGGAGUUAAUUUCCCAGAUGAGCUGUGUAAGGGAGGUGUAUUUGCAUUGCAGGAUGGUUGAUUCUGCUCCCUUUAACAUGUAUACAAGAGCAGGGUAUAAUGUUGUUAAGACAGAUAGCAUAUUGGUAUUGCUGCUGUUGCAAAGUCGUAAACAUUUGAUGUUAAAGAAGCUUCCAGUACCGACAAACGAUUUAGAACUUGAAAUGUCAGGCUCUGACCCAGAACAUGUGCAAGUGGGAGCAUAA